CUCGGUGGUGACGGUGGCCGAGGUGGCCGGGCGAUCUGAAAAGUUUGGCGGGAGCUGUUGCGCUUCCUCCCUUUUUCUCCGGGAGCAGCACCUCGCCUCCCCGGUGGCCUGGCUGGGACGGACUCUCAGGCGUCCGGACCCCACCGCGAAGGUGCGCGAGGUGGGCGCGAGCAGGCGCGGCCGGCGGACGAUGCCGCUCAUAGCCCAGCCGGCCCCGGCCGAGAGUGACUACAGCUUGGUGGCCUGCCUCGACAACGUCAGGAACCUCUCCACCGUCCUGAAGGCCAUCCACUUCCGCGAGCACGCCACCUGCUUCGCCACCAAAAACGGGAUCAAGGUGACAGUGGAAAAUGCGAAGUGCGUGCAGGCGAAUGCUUUCAUUCAGGCUGCAAUAUUUCAAGAAUUUAAAGUUCAAGAAGAACCGGUUACUUUUCGAAUUAAUUUAACUGUUCUUUUAGACUGCUUAUCUAUUUUUGGAUCAAAUCCUAUGCCAGGGAAUUUAACUGCCCUUCGGAUGUGUUACCAAGGCUAUGGUUACCCCCUGAUGUUGUUUCUGGAAGAAGGAGGAGUGGUGACAGUCUGUAAAAUCAAUACUCAGGAGCCUGAGGAAACUCUGGAUUUUGAUUUCUGCAGCACCAAUGUGAUUAAUAAAAUUAUUCUGCAGUCAGAGGGGCUCCGUGAAGCAUUUUCCGAAUUGGAUAUGACAAGUGAGAUCCUACAGAUCACCAUGUCUCCUGACAAGCCUUAUUUCAGGUUAUCUACUUUUGGGAAUGCAGGAAGCUCCCACCUUGACUAUCCCAAAGAUUCUGAUUUGAUGGAAUCAUUUAAUUGUAAUCAGACCCAAGUCAACAGAUACAAGAUUUCUUUGCUGAAACCCUCUACAAAGGCGUUAGUUCUGUCUUGUAAGGUGUCUAUUCGGACAGAUAACCGAGGGUUCCUCUCACUGCAGUAUAUGAUUAGAAACGAAGAUGGACAGGUCUGUUUUGUGGAGUAUUACUGCUGCCCUGAUGAAGAAGUUCCUGAAUCUGAAUCUUAAGUAUGACAGUGCUCUGUGACAUUUAUGUCUACGUGCAUUACAGGUCAUGUUCUCAUUCUCAUGAUUUUGCCCUGGAUUCCAAAGGGAAGAAGCAGGGAGGAGACAGGAGCAUGAUCUCUGUACCCUAAAGUCACUGUGUACUGUGUAAGGAAAUGUUUUCAAGUGGUCAUAGAGUAUGCAGGACUAGACUAUCCUGUGGUUCUGUCUUAUGAACUCAUGGGAAUUAUU